GUAAAUUCCUCGUAAAGUUACGAGGAACUCGUGAGGCCCGUGUUUUUAUUUACGAGGAACUCGCGAGGCCUGUGUUUCGUUUCCUCGUAACAUCGUCGUUAAUUUACGAGGAAUUAGCGAGGCCCGCUUUUAUUUUUACGAGGAAUGAACGAGGCCCGCGUUUUUUUAUUACGAGGUCUUUACGACGAUUUCUGCUUACGUGGAAUUAACGAGUGCCACGUUCUUUAUUUUUAAGAAUCGUCGUAAGUUUCUCGUUAAUUUACGAGGAAAUAACUACGUUUAUGUUUAAAUCCCUAAAAUCCGAAACCCCAGACCCCUUCUUCCUUAUCUUCCUUAUCUUCUACUUCAUAUAUUCCAAACCCCAACCCCAUCCUCCCUUUAACCUCAAUCUCUUCUAUCCAUUCCAAACCCCAAAUUCUGAAACCACAAUUCCUUAACUAAUAAUCUCAAUCUCUUCUUUCUAAUUCAAACCCCAUUACAAAAAUUAAAUUAUAUAAAUAGAUUUCCAUGAUUAAAUCCAUCAAAUCACAUGCAUUAAAUCUGAAAAUCAAUCAUAUUAAAACACAAAUACAUCAAUCAGAUACAUCGACAUUCUCGUCAUUACUAGAAACAUCAUCAUUUUCAUUAAACUCGUCUUCAACAGCUUCGUCUGUGGCAUCGUCGGUAAUAUCUUCGUACUCAUGAUUAUGCGGAUCAAUGAGAAGGAUGUCAUCAAUUUGUUGUUCAGGUACCUCAACUUCAUCUAUCUGUUCUUCUUGCAAUGGUGGUUCUUCUCCACUGAUGAUUUGUCCACGAGGUGUAACUUUGAUCACGGCAAACCAAUUUAUUCCCGUUUCGUUUCCUCGUUACAUCGUCGUUAAUUUACGAGGAAUUAGCGAGGCCCGCUUUUAUUUUUACGAGGAAUGAACGAGGCCAGCGUUUUUUAUUAUGAGGUCUUUACGACGAUUUCUGCUUACUUGGAAUUAACGAGUGCCGCGUUCUUUAUUUUUAAGAAUCGUCGUAAGUUCCUCGUUAAUUUACGAGGAAAUAACUAUGUUUACGUUUGAAUCCCUAAAAUCCGAAACCCCAAACCCCAUCCUCCCUUUAAUCUCAAUCUCUUCUAUCCAUUCUAAACCCCAAAUUCUAAAACCACAAUUCCUUAACUAAUAAUCUCAAUCUCUUCUUUCUAAUUCAAACCCCAUUACAUAAAAUUAAAUUAUAUAAAUAGAUUUUCAUGAUUAAAUCCAUCAAAUCACAUGGAUUAAGUCUGAAAAUCAGUCAUAUUAAAACACAAAUACAUCAGUCAGAUACAUCGACAUUUUCGUCAUCACCAGAAACAUCAUCAUUUUCAUUACUCGUGAUUAUGUGGAAUUUAGUAAGGUAGCCGAAACAAAAAACGUGUUACAAUUACAAAGUGGGUGGACUCGAAAAUUCUUCGUUAAGUAAACGUAAACUAUUUCCUCGUAAAGAAGAUGCUACUUUUACGUCGAGCUUACGAGGAAACAGUUUUUCCUCGUAAAAACGAAGUUACCUUGCGUGGUUUUUACGAGGAAAUCGUUUCCUCGUUAUUUUACGAUGAACUAACGUUGAUUGUAAAUUUCCUUGUAAGAUUCUCGUAAAGUCAACGUAAAUUUACGAGGACCAGUUUUCCUCGUUAAUUUUCAUCGUUAAUCUUGUGUUUUCUUGUAGUGCCAAGUCAAUAUCUUAAUUAGUUAAGUUGGAGUAUUAGGUUUAGUACUGUGGUUGUCAAACAAAAAAAGGGUUUAGUAUUGUGGAUCACGAUGGACAGUUUAGUAUUCAAGUUGAAAACCAAACUUUGGUUUUAGUGAAGUUAGUAGCAACAUGUGUAUUUAUCGAAAAGUAGAAAAUCGAAAAACAGUUUAAGGUUGCAAAGGGGCAAAGAGUACGAGCGGAAUGUGAACAAAAUCUAUUGAGGACUUCAAAAUAGAUCAAGUGAUCAACAAACUCAUUUGUCGAUUAUAUUUUUUUGUUUCAUCCUCGCUAUUUGUAAUGGUUUCAAAUGUAGUUUUAACGGACUAUUCUUUCUUAUGUAUAUAUACAAAACUGCAUUUUUAUAUAUAAAAAGUUAAAAAUAUUCCAUGUACAGGAAAAAACGGACAAAUUAAGCAAAGACAAUAAACUUUAGAAGUGUUGUUGCCUUCACACUUUCUUGAUGAUCUUCGUGUUGAGUCCAACCGUCAUGUGAAUUUCACCAUAUUAUUUAUGAAUUCCUUUUUAAAUUUUGGGAUUUGUUACAAACUAGUUAUUUAAGAUAAUACUAUGUUUAAGAUUCCAGUGGUAUUUUGGAAUCUAUUUUGUAUGAAACUUUCAAAAUUCUAGGUUUUUGGUUAUUAUUUUCUUGGUAUUCGGGAGAAGAUUGAUGUGUAAACCACCCUUCCUAAUUUGAUUAAAUUAGUAACUAGCUAGACACUCAAUUCAAAUGAACAAAUACCAUUAAACCACCAUGACACCAUCUACUUCGUGUAUUUAAAACUUUGAGCUUCUAUUUUUAGUAUUCUGAUAAAGUGGGGAGUCGAUGAGUCUGUAAGGGAAAUUGCAUUUUUAAUGGAAGUUAAGGCUUAAUUAGCACAUUCAUACUUAAAUUAAUAUAUUAAUCACAAGUUAUAGUUUCAUCCCCAUUCUGUUGUUAUACCGUUUUUACUCUAUUGUAGAACCCACCAAUCAUAUAGGUAGACUCGCAGUAAUAACCCAUAUAUAUUGUGUGUACGUUUAAUGUGUUUUUUAUUAAUUAAAAAUAUAUUCUUUAGUUUUCCAAAAAAAAAACAUAUUCUUUAAUUUUUUGGUGUAAAAAAAGGUGUUUUCACCUUUUUGCCGGAAACCCAAGCAUUGUAAAUAGUCCCUCCCGCCGUGAAUUGAACCCAAGUGGCGGAAGUUACAGCCGCAACCCCUUUACCACUAGGCCAACUCAACGUUGGUCUAUUCUUUAAUUAAUAAAAGUCUAUACAACGGUAAAGUUUGAAAUCGUGAUAUCAAAAUGAGGAAACCCCUAAAGAAAAUGGAAAUCUUUUCGACGAUAAAAUAAUUACAUAGUUUGGAUGUAUUACAAUCUUUACUUACUACAUAAUUAAAGUAUAAAAAUUCAAAUGUUAUAAAACUGAGAAAAAAUAAUAGUAGUAGCCACCUAGGCAUUUAUUUAUUUUAAAAAUGAAAAAAAGAAAGAAAUAACAAUAAAUUGAAGAAAUAUCACUUUAAAAGAUGCUCUUUCCCUCCUCACAACCUCCCAUGAGCUCUUCUCAGUUCUCUGAGUCCCCCUUGAAGUAAGUAACCACACAAAGAGAAAGAGAGAGAAAGAUUCAGACACAGUUACAUACAUACGUAAUGGAGUUGCAUGAACCUGAAACAAGAACACAAGUUAUGUCUUAUGAUGAUGAUUACAUAGACAUGGAGAUCAAUCUCUCUUCUUCUUCUUCUACUUCUCACUCCUCAAGCUUCAUCAGCUUCGACGUCACCUCCUCGCCACCGCAAAACCGAGAGUUCGAGUUCCAAAUGUGCUCCUCCGCCGUAGCUUCCGGCGAAUCCACCACAUGUCCCGCCGACGAUCUCUUCUACAAAGGUCAACUCCUUCCUCUCCACCUCCCUCCUCGUCUCCAAAUGGUCCAAAAGCUUCUCGCAUCCUCCUCCUCCUCCUCCACUGCAGCAAAAGAUACUCCGAUUUCCCCACGCGCCGCCGCAUUUUUGCCAGGGAGAUUCAGUAGCAGCGAGAUCGAAGUAAGAGGCCAAGACGAGCUCAACGAGAAUCUUGGAAAGAGCAAAAAGAUUAAACAGUCAUCGAUAACUCAGAAGCUCAAGGCCUCACGUGCUUACAUAAGAUCUCUCUUCUCAAGACAAGGAUGCUCAGAUUCAUCAGAGAUCGGGAUCAAGAACUCUAAAUCCUCGAAAAACAAGAACCCACUAGGGAAACAAGAAUCCUCAAAUCCUCCAUUGAGUCACAGAAGUUCGUUCUCUGGUGUAAUACAGAGGCAUUCUCAAGCAAAAUGUUCUUCCUUGUCUUCUUCCUCGAGGUCGUCACUUUCGUCUUCGUUCAGUUUUGGAUCAAACGGGUCUUUGGAUCUGCAGACGCUGAUGAGAAGCAGCAAUGCGAGCUCGGAGGUUGACAACUCCAUUGAAGGAGCUAUUAAGCAUUGUAAGCAAUCGUUCACCACAAGGAAGAGCAAUGUGGCUGAAUCUGAGUUCUCUUCUUCAAGAACAUCUGUUUCUACUUGCGGUGACAGUGAGAAAUGACAGAUUCUAUUUUUUUUUUAAAGAUUAUUAUGUGUGUGUGUUUUUUUUUUGUAGAAGUUUGGUAAAUUUGAGGUUCUUUCUGUGUUAAUGCUAUAAAAUUACUAAAUAGUUUUCCUGCAGAUAUAUUAUGUAAUGGAUAUAUAUGAAAAUGAAUAGUUACAGUUACCAGCUU